CGAUUCAAGCACACUCCGCCAAGGCCAGGACCGCACCAGUGCCAGCACACCACCACCCCCCCUCUCUUGGCUUGCCCACACCGGCCCUUGCCAGCGCCAGGAGUCUUGCGACCGCUGCGCGCAAUGUACGGUGCGUACCCACAAUUACGCACGGAGUCCUGGUGACACAAAGUCCACAGUUUUUUUCGGUCGUCGACGGUCAGCAAAAUUUUCAAUAGACAAUCCGGAGUGGUAGUCUUUUUUGCAUUAUACUAUAGCUAAAGUGAUAUAAAAAUGUCCUUUGAAAACAAGAACUUGUACGCUUUGUUGGGUAACGACGUCGAAGACGACAGUGCCCCUCAAUUGCCAGUCAGAGAGAUCGUCAAGAAGACUGCUUCUUCCAAGAAGUCUGACGUUCCCCCUCCAUCUGCCGACCCUGCUAAGGCCAAGAAGAAGUCCAAGCCAACCGGUAACGAAGGUGCCUUCAAGGCCAAGCCAGACAACAAGAGUGUUGCCGGCCCAUCCAACACCCCAUCCAAACACUACAAGAAGCCAUUUGACCGUCACUCCAGAUCCGACAAGACCGACUCCAAGAAGAAGAUCAAGCAAUCUUGGGGCGAUUCCACUGACAGAGAAAUAGAAGGUGAAGUUGAAGGUUUGGAAGAUGCCGUCGCCGACUUGGAAACCGAGUCUGACGCUCCUCAAGAACCAGAAACCCCAAAGAAGUCUUUGCAAGACUACUUUGCUGAAUUGAAGUUGAAGCAAUCCGAAUUGGAAGGCCAAAAGGCUUUGAGAAAGGCCAACGAAGGUGCCGAAGACAAGUGGGCUGACGCUGAAAAGAUCGAAAAGCAACAAGAAGCUUACGUCCAAUCCACCACCAACAAGAAGUCCAAGGCCAAGGCCCAGAAGGAAAAGAAGUUCUUGGAAAUCAACGCCAUCUUCGCUGAUGAACAACCUGUUAGAGACGAAUCCAGAUCCACCAGAGGCGGUGCCAGAGGUGGUGCCAAGGUUGCCCCAAAGAAGUCUUCCUCUUCCCCAAAGCCUGAAAUCAACGACAAGAACUUCCCAUCUUUGUAAAUGGUUGAUUGAUUGAGCUCAAUUGUGGUGUAGGCCUGCCUGCAUGACUUGCUUUA